AUGAAGUUAAAUGGGUAUUCUUUGGAGAUCACUGUUAAUGGAGAGCAACUUCCAGAAGUUACAGAACCUUUAUCCAAAUCUAAAAUAUCCACAGGUCCUCCAUAUACUCGUAAAGGAAUAAAUGCAUCAGAAGAUCAAAGUCCCGUGACGCAUUACUCUGCUGUUCAAGAAUUUGGUACAAGAUAUGCCGUUAAAUUUUCUGCACCAGCUCAAAGCUGUAACCGAGAAAAUCCGAUAAAAGUUUUUUUGUAUGUAGAUGGAAAAUAUGAUUACUCUUAUACAGAUAUCAAUCCUGAUAAGCUUGGCGAAACGCGCACAUGUUUCUGGAGUAAAUCUCGAGAUAAAAUAUUCUAUUUCAAGUUUGAUCCAACGAUUUGGUCGGAGGAUGACAGUAAAAAUAAUCAAUUAUCUUCUGGAAAAGCACUUCAUUUUGGUGGACCAGGUGCUAUAUCGGUUUAUUUUUAUCGUGCUCAACGUAUUGCAUGGAAUGUUGCUCCACCACCGGAUUACAAUAUUGAACCGACUGUUGUUCCUGAGACUAAUGAAACGAGAGCGAUUAAACUUUCAACACAAUAUGAAGUUCAAAUUGUGCCAAAUCCAACAAUUACACGAUUUGAUACAUAUUUGCAAGAACAUGGUAUGCCAUUGGCCGUUCUUCAUUUACAUUAUCGUGCAGCAGCUUGGUUGCGAGCACGUGGGCAUGAUAUCCCUUAUCCUCGUCAAUUACAAGUUAUCGGCAAUUCUAAUUUAACACAGACACAGCAAUGCAUUGAAGUGUGUGAUGAACAAAAUCCAACUAAAAUUAAACAAGAAAAUAUAAUCAUCAAGGAAGAACCAAAUGAUCAAGUGAAUAUUUACAAUAAUAAUAAUAACACAAGGAAUUCUAAGAAACGAAGUAAAAUUGAGGUAAUUGUUCUUAGUUCAGAUGAAGAUGAUGACAAUUCCCACACCAAAAAGAAACGAUCUUUUAAUUAA